AUGAAAUCCUGCGGAGUGUCGCUCGCUACCACCGUUACUGCCUUGUGUGAUGAAGAGAAGAAAAUGGCGGCGGCAAAAGCAAGCGGCGAGAGCGAGGAGGGGUCCCUCAGCCUGACAGCCGAGGAGAGGGAGGCGCUUGGUGGAUUGGACAGCCGACUCUUCGGAUUCCUGAGCCUUCACGAAGAUGGCGCCAGGACGAAGACUCUGCUCGGCAAGGCUGUUCGCUGCUAUGAAUCUUUAAUCUUAAAAGCUGAAGGAAAAGUGGAUUCUGAUUUCUUUUGUCAGUUAGGUCACUUCAACCUCUUAUUGGAAGAUUAUGCAAAAGCAUUAUCUGCAUAUCAGAGAUACUACAGUUUACAGUCUGACUACUGGAAGAAUGCUGCCUUUUUAUAUGGUCUUGGUUUGGUUUACUUCUACUACAAUGCAUUUCAUUGGGCAAUUAAAGCAUUUCAAGAUGUGCUUUAUGUUGACCCUAGCUUUUGUCGAGCCAAGGAAAUUCAUUUACGACUUGGACUUAUGUUUAAAGUGAACACAGAUUAUGAAUCUAGUUUAAAGCAUUUUCAGUUAGCUUUGAUUGACUGUAAUCCUUGUACUCUGUCCAGUGCUGAGAUUCAAUUUCAUAUUGCCCACUUAUAUGAAACCCAGAGGAGGUAUCAUUCUGCAAAAGAAGCCUAUGAACAACUUUUACAGAUGGAACAUCUUCCUGCACAAGUAAAAGCAACUGUAUUGCAACAGUUAGGUUGGAUGCAUCAUAAUAUGGAUCUAGUAGGAGACAAAGCCACCAAGGAAACCCAUGCUAUUCAGUAUCUCCAAAAGUCACUGGAGGCGGAUCCCAGUUCUGGCCUAUCUUGGUAUUUCCUUGGAAGGUGUUAUUCAAGUAUUGGGAAAGUUCAGGAUGCCUUUAUAUCUUACAGGCAAUCUAUUGAUAAAUCAGAAGCAAAUGCAGAUACAUGGUGUUCCAUAGGUGUGCUGUAUCAGCAGCAAAAUCAGCCUAUGGAUGCUUUACAGGCCUAUAUUUGUGCUGUGCAAUUGGACCAUGGGCAUGCAGCAGCCUGGAUGGACUUAGGCACUCUCUAUGAGUCCUGCAGCCAACCCCAGGAUGCCAUUAAAUGCUAUUUAAAUGCAACUCGAAGCAAAAGUUGUAGUAAUACCUCUGCACUUGUAGCAAGAAUUAAACUUUUACAGGCUCAGUUGUGUAACCUUCCACAAGGUAGUCUACAGAAUAAAACUAAAUUACUUCCUAGUAUUGAGGAGGCGUGGAGCCUACCAAUCCCCGCAGAGCUUACCUCCAGGCAGGGUGCCAUGAACACAGCACAGCAGGCUUAUAAAACUCAUGAUCCAAAUACUGAACGUGCAUUAGACCUCAGUCAAACACCAGUUUUGCAACAAUCUUUGUCACUACACACUAUUACUUCUAGCCAAGUAGAAGGCCUGUCCAGUCCUGCCAAGAGGAAAAGAACAUCUAGUCCAACAAAGAAUGGUUCUAACUGGAAUAGUGGCCAAACUGUUUUGCAUCUUCCAGUACAGCAGCAAGCUCAUUCGUGGUGCUUGACACCACAGAAAUUACAGCACUUGGAACAAUUGCGUACAAAUAGAGAUCAUUUAAAUCCAGCACAGAAACUGAUGCUGGAACAGCUAGAAAGUCAAUUUAUUUUAAUGCAGCAACAAAUGAGACAAACAGGAGUUGCUCAGGUACAAACUACUGGAAUUCCUAAUGGGCCAAUAGCUGACUCUUCAGUGCCUACAAACUCUAUCUCUAGCCAGCAACCACAUGCUGCUCUGACCAGAGUACCUAGCAUCUCUCAGCCUGGAGUUCGCCCUGCUUGUCUUGAAAUGCCUUUGUCCCAUGGACCUUUUUCUGCAGGCUAUGUUCCUUGCAGCACAUCAGAAUCUCUAGGGAGUACAGACACUAUUUUGGUAGGCAAUAAUUAUGUAACAGAAAGUGGAAGUAAUGGAAAUGUGCCUUACCUGCAGCAAAACGUUCUUACUCUACCUCAUAACUGCACAAACCUGACCAGCAGCACAGAAGAGCCAUGGAGAAAACAACUAUCUAACUCCACUCAGGAGCUUCAUAAAGGUCAGAGUUCACUUUUGGCAGGAUCUAAAGAUGACCAUCCUUUAUUAUCCAGUGGGUCUACCCAGUGUCUCCAGGCAGCUAGCACUGGUAUUCAGAAUCAAAAUGGACAUCACACUCUGCGUAGUAACUCAGUACCACAGGGGAAUGCUCUCAAUCACCUCUCCUCUCAUACUGCUACCUCAGGUGGACAACAAAGCAUUACCUUUACCAAAGAGAGCAAGCCUUCAAGAAAUAGAUCCUUAGUGCCUGAAACAAGCAGGCAUGCUGGAGACACAUCUAUUGGCUGUGCUGGUGUCAAGGGACUUACCAAUUAUGUCCAUCAGGUGCCAGCAGAUGGUGUUUCCAGAUCUAACCAUGGAGAUUCUGUGUCACCAAAUGUAUUGAUUUCAGACAAUCCUCAGCUCUCUGCCUUGUUGAUUGGAAAAACCAAUGACAGCAUGGGUACUGGAACCUGUGAUAAAGUCAGUAAUAUUUCCCCAGCUGUGCAUGUAAAGACCGAUCAUUCUGUGGCCUCUUCACCCUCUUCAGCCAUUUCCACAGCAACAUCUUCUCCAAAAUCCACUGAGCAGACAAGCACACACAGUGUUAUCAGCCUUAACAGUCCUCAUAGUGGGUUUCACAUAAUUAAUGAGAAUUCACAGAACUCUAUAAAAGUAGACCUGCAUCUAGUUAGACACAAAUCUAGUCCUCAGAUCAUACCAUCGAUGUCUGUGUCCAUUUACCCCAGCUCAACAGAAGUUCUGAAGGCAUGCAGAAAUCUAGGGAAAAAUGGAUUGUCUAGUAGUCACAUUUUGUUGGAUAAAUGUCCGCCUCCAAGACCACCAACUUCACCAUACCCACCCUUGCCAAAGGACAAGUUGAAUCCACCCACACCUAGUAUUUAUUUGGAAAAUAAGCGUGAUGCUUUCUUUCCUCCAUUGCAUCGAUUUUGUACAAAUCCCAGAAACCCUGUUACAGUAAUACGUGGCCUUGCUGGAGCUCUUAAGUUAGAUCUUGGACUUUUCUCUACCAAAACUUUGGUAGAAGCUAACAAUGAACAUAUGGUAGAAGUGAGGACACAGUUAUUGCAACCAGCAGAUGAAAACUGGGAUCCCACUGGAACAAAGAAAAUUUGGCGUUGUGAAAGUAAUAGAUCUCAUACUACAAUUGCUAAAUAUGCGCAGUACCAGGCCUCCUCCUUUCAGGAAUCAUUGAGAGAAGAAAAUGAUAAAAGAAUGCAACGUAAAGACUAUUCAGAUAAUGAAUCCGUGUCUUCAGAUAAUUCUGGAAGGAGAAGGAAAGGACCUUUUAAAACCAUAAAAUUUGGGACCAGCAUUGACCUCUCUGAUAACAAAAAGUGGAAGUUGCAGUUGCAUGAGCUGACUAAACUUCCUGCUUUUGUGCGUGUCGUAUCAGCAGGAAAUCUUCUAAGCCAUGUUGGGCAUACCAUACCGGGCAUGAAUACUGUUCAGCUCUAUAUGAAAGUUCCGGGGAGUCGAACACCAGGUCACCAAGAAAAUAACAACUUCUGUUCUGUUAACAUAAAUAUUGGUCCAGGUGAUUGUGAAUGGUUUGUUGUACCUGAAGAUUAUUGGGGUGUUCUGAAUGACUUCUGUGAAAAAAAUAAUUUGAAUUUCCUUAUGAGUUCUUGGUGGCCCAACCUUGAGGAUCUUUAUGAAGCAAAUGUUCCUGUCUAUAGGUUUAUUCAGCGACCAGGAGAUUUGGUAUGGAUAAAUGCAGGCACUGUGCAUUGGGUUCAGGCUAUUGGCUGGUGCAAUAACAUUGCCUGGAAUGUUGGUCCACUUACAGCCUGUCAAUAUAAAUUGGCAGUGGAACGGUACGAAUGGAACAGAUUGCAAAGUGUGAAGUCAUUAGUACCCAUGGUUCAUCUUUCCUGGAAUAUGGCACGAAAUAUUAAAGUCUCAGAUCCAAAGCUUUUUGAAAUGAUUAAGUAA